AUGAGGUCUAGUGGGGAGUCUAGUGCUUCUUCUGCAACAUCUAUCAUUGGAUGUCCAGAGUUUGAAAUUGCUAGAGUUUUGGCUAGUUUGGGAAAUAAUAUCAACGUUAACAAUAAUAUUAACACUAAGCACGACGCUGUGACGGUGGCGGGGGUGGUGGUGGAUGGGGAGGAGGAGAACGAAAGCCAUCACGACUCCACGAAGAAAAAUUGUAUGCCUUGGGGGAGUAAAGGAAAACGUCGGAGUAACAGUAAUAGUAACAGUAAUAAUAGACGUGUCAAGGAUUCUCGUCCUCCUUCUCCUACGCCGUUUCCUUUUGAUCUUAACUUGGACCAGCCUUCUAUAUUUGAAGAGGAAUGCCAGAAUGGUGAUGUGAAAGUUGAGGAGGUUUGUGAAUCAAUUGAACCUGGUUUCGCUAACAAGCUACGAAACAAUUGUAGUAGGUCGAGACAUAAUCUAACCGAGGAAGAGAAAGAAGCACGAAGAAUACGUAGGAUUUUAGCUAAUCGAGAGAGUGCUAGACAAACUAUUCGUAGGAGACAGGCAUAUCAUGAAGAGCUAACUAGGAAAGCUGCAGAUUUAGCAUCAGAAAAUGAGAGAUUAAAAAGGAGUAAGGAGGCGGCGGUUAAGGAGUUUCAGUCGCUUCAAACUGCCAAUCAAAAACUGAAGGGAAAGUUAGCUCAAAUGUCGGGCAUCAAAAACAAGGGCGGAAAUGAAGCAUCCGGUACUGUAACUCAUAGUCUGCACCCUGCGAAUUGGUCACAUUACAUGUACAAGAAUAUAUCGGCAAACCGCCCUUUAGUACAUCCUGCAUGUGUGCCACCUUCAGAUCAUUUAAGCCAACAAUUUCCUUGGUGUAUAUUGCCUUGCCCUGUGGUGCUUCCGAUGAACGGUAUUCACCAACUUUCAUCGUUUGAAAAUAUAGGCGAGGGUGGUUUUGUUGAUUCUAAACAUGUUUAUAGCCCGUCUUCUGUUAUACAUUGUCUUCACAGUUGUCCUUUAGUUAUAACAACAGAUAAGAAAACAGGUCCCAUACAAACACAAGGUGAAUCUUUGAACAGUUUCUAUCAGACUUUGUCGGGAGGUUCACAAACCUCAUGUUUUUCGGGGGGUGGACUUGCUCUAGAACGAGACGAUUGUAUCUCGUUACACCCACAUCUUAACUCUGAUUUUCCUUCAGCAAAAGCGGCAUCAUCAGUGAAGAUUGCAAGUAUUUCGUCAGAAAAUAGAAAAGAGCGGAGUUUGAGAAAGAAAGAAAUUUCAGUCGCAGGGACGGAAGCAAGGAGAAAGAGGAAAGAACUUAUGAAACUCAAGAGUCGCCUUCAUUAUCAUUUACUAGGACGGGAAAAUGGCUAA